AUGCCCGAGCCAGCGAAUACCACCAAUAGUCGAAGUGAGCUGUCCUCAAAUAUUAUCCCCUACACUUAUCCUUUUAGUUUCAUUCGCUCCCCCCUGAAUAAUCCUAAUGACUUUUCAUUGCUCCCUCUUGGACCACGCCGUCAUACGAUUCGAGUAAAAGGCGACAAUCUGAUCCACAUUUGUAGAGUCCUCUAUCAACUUUCUAAAGAUCCGAAGAAUGACAAGUUGUUCGCAGAUGACGAAGAACUCUGUGGCCGCAUGGUCUGCCUCCUGAGUGAACUGCGCCUCUCUGCUGUGCAAACCUCAGUCGAGCAGGAUGAUCUGGAGCGCGAAUGCUCCAGAGUGGAAUUGAGUGCUCACCUAGAGGCCUUGUUAUACUUAACCGGUGCGCUAAAAUUUCUCACCGCCUCGCCCGCAACGGGAGACAUCUUCUGUCAGGAGACGACAGCUCGCGCUCUCAUGGUCAUUCAUGCGGAUCUGGAGGCGGAUUCUGCCGAAAUGGACGCCCGUAUUUCUCUGAGUGGUGCGUCGCAGGCUCCGCACAGCAUGGUUUCGUGCAAUGAAUUGGCGAAG